AGUUGGCUCACUAGUGAUAGAUAGCGCUAGCUAGCAGCCUGGCCUGAGCAAGCACCAGGCGUAGUCAGAGGACAUCGAGUGCCGGGUGGUGCUGUGGCUGUCUCCACUAUCGGAGUCUCCUGUUUCUUGUGGCAUGAGCACCGCUCUGCGCCGCCUUCUGCCCCUUCAGCUAGCUAGCAGCAAAGCAGAUGUGUCAGCUAACUAGCUAGCGUGGUUAGCUAGCUAGCCGUGGCGCUGCAGAGAGCAUCAGCACCGGCUCCGAGGAGAGCCAACCCCCCCGUCAGCCUGCACGUCCACGACCCGCCUCUCCACGUCUCUGCUAACCAUUUAAUGUAGCAAGGCGACCCGUGUGAGGCCAGUCUUCAUACGUACAGAGAGGAGAGAUGUAUCAACUCCCAGUAAAUAACCUGACCCGAAUCAGGAGAGCGAGAAAACAAGUGAAGAAAGCCCUUGGAGACAUUGGACUGGAGUUCUGCAAGGAGGCGGCAGAGGAGUUCAAAGAGUUUUGCCCUAAUGAGCAGUUUGUGAAGGGCAGUUUCUGCCUUGAUAUCUGUGGAUGGGAUCCAUCAUAUUCUAAAACCCAGGAAUACAGGUCAAAGCCAUUUUGCUGCACAGAGUGCCCAUUUUCUUCCAAGUACUACUCAGGCUACAAGAAUCACUUCCGCAAUGUACACAGGAAAAGCUUUGACAAUACGAUUCUGCUCAACUGUCCAUACUGCUCAUUCACCGCAAGCAAGAGAACUUUGGAGACCCAUGUUAAAAUAUUCCAUAUACCCAGCUCAGCACGGCAGAGCCCUGGGACCGCACAGAGAGCCGCACUGCAGAAGACCAACAAACCCCAUCUUGAUAGAAUCAGACAGGGAGAUGGUGUCGAGAGAGCAAUGUACUUUUGCAAAAAAUGCUCGUUCCGGGACAGUCUUUACAAUGUUGUGAGAAGGCACAUCUAUAGGGAACAUUUUCAGCAUAUUGUCUCACCAUAUCUUGGUAUAGUUUCAGAAUCGUCUGUCAAAAAUGGUGCAAGUUCUGUCAAUGGAAACAACAUCCUUUGCAAACGCUGCCAAUUUUCCACUCGUAACUACGAGGCUCUAGUACAGCAUGUUAUAGAGUACCACGAGCGCAUCGGUGCUCAGGUAACCACUAUGAUUGGACAUGCUAACAUUGUAGUCUCCAGGUCUCAGGCCCUACCAGCUCCGUCUAUGAUCAUUAACAGGGGCCACCCAAUUCGAGCUGAACCAACAGCACAACCAGUGAUAGGAUAUUUGAAGCCAGUGGCCCCUGUUGUUAAAAAUCAGUCCCCCAUUGCAGCCAAACAGAUGCGGGUCACAGUUGCUGGCAACAACACUGUGACUGAAACUAAUGCCGGUGGUGUGUGCACAGCCCAGACACAGAAGUGGAAGAUAUGCACAGUUUGCAAUGAGCUUUUCCCCGAGAACCUCUACAGUGCUCAUUUUGAAAGUGCACACAAGGCAAAGAGAGUGUGGGCACUGGCCAAGUACAUCAUGAAAAUCCACAACUUCACUAGCAAGUGUUUGCUUUGCAACCGCUACCUGCCCAGUGACACACUGCUCAACCACAUGCUAAUUCACGGACUCACUUGUCCCCAGUGCCACUCGGCUUUUCACAGUGUGGAGAAAAUCAUGGAACACAAGACUCAGAAUCACCCCGAUGACUUUGUGGGACCCCCAGGUGCAUCGCCGCUAACGUUCGAUCUCACGGUAAAACAAGACAAGUCCAGUAAUAUCCAGCUUGUUGUUCUUACAUUUAACAUGAAAGAGUCUACUAAUGGUCAAGAUCAGUCGGCCCCUGCUCAGAAUAGUGCUCCACCUCAGGUCAAGGUCACCACUCAAAGAAUGGUUGAGAUCAAAAGUGAACAGCUAAGUCGGGGUUUAUCCUCCACAAAAAGUGAAGUUCGCAAGACACUAUGUCCGCUGUGUUUCACCAUCCUCAAAGGUCCCAUCUCUGAUGCUUUGGCCAUGCAUUUGAGGGAGAGGCACCAAGUGCUCCAAACAAUGCAUCCUGUUGAGAAAAAGAUGACAUACAAAUGCAUUCAUUGCUUAGGAGUGUACACCAGUAACAUGGUGGCCUCCACAAUAACACUGCAUCUGGUGCAGUGUAGAGCAGUUGGAAGGAACCAGGCGAGCCAGGGCUUUAAGUCGGCCUUGACACUCAACUCGUCUGGGGCUGGCUUCCUCAAGAGGCAGCCACCAGUGCAGGCCACAUCCAAUCCUAAGAGGUUAAAGUUAAGUAAGGAUUCAAGAAUGUCCACAACUGCCAUUGGAAAUCAGGCUGAAUCGGAUGGUCUUGCUCUGGAUCCAAGAAGCUAUGAGCACAAGACAUACGAAGCCAGAAAAGAUUUCCUUACGGCCUACUUCAACCGUCAACCCUACCUUUCUACUCAGGAAGAGGAAAAGCUGUCUGCAAGUCUGUGGCUGUGGAAAUCUGACAUUUCUAGUCACUUUGUAACCAAGCAAAAGGCAUGUGAGAAACACUGUGAGACCAAGAAGGUGUCUGUGCUGCUGGGCUUCGACAUGCAGGCUCUCAAGAAAGUUAAGCACGAGAUGAUCUUUGAGGAGAGCAAGAUCGUGGGCACCUCCAGGGCCAGAUCUGGAGGCCUGAAGUCUGGCACUCCAAGCAUUGACCAAAACAAGCAGUGUGAGACACUAAACUGUACCUUAAAACUCAGCACAAACACAGAGACCAUUUCUAUUGACUCUGACAGUGAACCAGAAGCAGAAGAGAGACCAGCCGAGAAUGGAAAUGUUGACGUGAACCGAGAGGAGAACGUAAAAUCCCUGGAGCCUGUGAGUCUGACAGAAGAGACAGAACCUGUAAACACAAACGAGCCUUCCAGCGAGAAGGACGGUCAAUUGCAAGAUGGGAAAGCAGCUGCUUGGAUGACUUUCUGUUAGUUCUGCUGCUUUGUGGUGUGCCUUGGUGGAGCAACAGUUCAUGUUUAAAGGAGUGUAUUAACUAAGAUGAGAGGACAAACUACAGACACUUAAAUAUCAAAUGAAAUGUGUCACUAAAACUCUAUUUCCACACAUUCGCCACGUUACCAGUGGUGGAAACAUGGAAAGGACUGCAUUAUAGUGCAUAAAUAUACAGCUUAUGUAAGUGACAGUGUAUAUAUUUGAGUCAUUAUUCUUUGUUAGUCUCCAUGAAAUCUGUGUUUUUCACUGGUUAUUCACAAGACUUAGGAUAUCAACUUUACCUAUUUCUAUUGGUGUUUUUUUUCUUUUCUCGACUGUGACAAAGAACUGUAACAUCUCGUCAUUUCACGUUUAGAAAGUGUAGAA